CGGGGGGAGGGGGGCGAGCUCGGGUGACGCGGCGCUCACGUGACCGCCGGGGCGCAGAUGUGGGCACCACUCCGCGGGCCCGCCCUCUUCCCCUGCGGUCGGAUCCGGAGCGGUCUGCGAGCUCCUAAUUGUUGCUCCAGGUUCUUUCAGGUCUGCGUGUCUGUUCUCAGCACUCUGCAAAGCUAGAAAAGGAGGAGGAAUCUGUUCAGAAUCCCUGCAGGACAGGAAAAGGAGGGGAGAGCUCAACAUGGAAAAACUCUGCAGUGAAAAUGAAGGAAUGACUGAGAACGAAGAAAAGAUGGAAUACAAAGAACAGUCACAGGAUGCGGAAAAGCCAGAAGUAGCUUGUACUUUGGAAGACAAGGAAAAGUUAGAAAACGAGAGAAUGACAGAAGAUGAGGAAAUACUAAAGGAUAAAGAAAAGCCAGAGAGUAUGACAAAGCCAAAAGAUGGAAAGCCAGAGAGCGAGGGAAAGCCAGAGAGCGAGGGAAAGCCAGAGAUGGAGGGAAACCCAGGGAUGGAGGGAAACCCAGAGAUGGAGGGAAACCCAGAGAUGGAGGGAAACCCAGGGAUGGGGGGAAAGCUGGAGAGCGAGGGAAAGCCGGAGAGCGAGGGAAAGCCAGAGAGCGAGGGAAAACCAGAGAGCGAGGGAAAGCCAAAAGAAGAAGGAAAACCAGUAAGUGAGGGAAAGCCAAAAGAAGAGGGAAAACCAGUGAGCGAGGGAAAGCCAAAAGAAGGAAAACCAGUGAGUGAGGGAAAGCCAAAAGAAGGAAAACCAGUGAGUGAGGGAAAGCCAAAAGAAGAAGGAAAACCAGUGAGUGAGGGAAAGCCAAAAGAAGAAAAAUCAGAGAAUGAGGGAAAGCCAGUGAAUGAGGAAAAGUCAAAAGAAGAAAAGCCAGCCAUCGAAUCAAGGGUUGCAGGAAAGCGCCCAGCUGGGGAUGAUGUACCUAGGAAGGCCAAAAGAAAAACCAACAAGGGGCUGGCUCAGUGCCUCAAGGAAUAUAAGGAGGCCAUACACGAUAUGCAUUUGAGCAAUGAGGAGAUGAUAAGAGAAUUUGAUGAGAUGGCCAGGGUGGAGGAUGAGGUGAAGAAAACCAGACAGAAAUUGGGGGGGUUUAUGUGGAUGCAAAAAAGUUUACAGGACCCCUUCCACCCGAGGGGCCCAAGGGAACUCAGGGGUGGGUGCAGGGCCCCACAGAGGGGCUUUGAAGACAUUCCUUUUGUGUAGUGCCCCUGGCAGGUAUUUGCCCAGGCCCUGUGCUUUAACCUUAUGCUGAUACUUGCUUUAGCUAUCACCCUGUUAUCCAACUGCAGCCUUCGAUGUUUCAGUAGCAGAUUUUUGUCCAUUGCAUGGGAAAAUGUUUAUGGCAUAUUAUAAAAUUAAAAAGAAAAAAGUUCACCAUA